AUGCCCAUUGAUGUCACUCUAUAUAAAGGUUCCAAAGAUGGAACGAUUCGAAAAGAAGUUGUGCAGCGCGGAAGCGACCUGAAGCGCGACGAAGUGCUCAUUCGUGUCACCCACUCCGGCGUUUGCUUCACCGAUGUCCACUACCGGAAUGUCGACAUGGCUCUCGGCCAUGAAGGCACCGGCGUGGUGGAAGCAACCGGCCCUGACGCCAAGAUCUUGAAGAAAGGCGAUCGCGUGGGCUGGGGAUACGAGCACGAUUGCUGUGGCCAUUGUCGCCAAUGUCUGACGGGCUGGGAAACUCUCUGCCGGGAGCGCAAGAUGUACGGCCUGGCGGACUUUGACCAGGGAUCCUUUGGCUCUCACGCGGUGUGGCGUGAAGCAUUUAUUUUCAAGAUUCCCGACAAUAUGAGCAACGAGGAUGCCGGCCCACUGAUGUGCGGUGGAUCGACCGUGUUCAACGCACUCCACGUUGCGCAGGUUCGUCCGACCGCGCGUGUCGGAGUUGUGGGCGUCGGAGGCUUGGGCCACCUGGCCAUCCAGUUCGCUGCCAAGAUGGGUUGCCAGGUCGUCGUAUUUUCCGGAACAGAUAACAAGAAGGAAGAAGCUCUGAAACUGGGUGCCACCGAAUUCCAUGCAACCAAGGGCGUGAAGGAGUUGAAGCUCGAGAAACCUAUCGACAAUCUCCUCGUGACCACCAGCAGCCAGCCGGAUUGGCAGCUUUACCUGAACAUCAUGGCUCCCGGCGGCAUCAUCUCGCCCCUCUCGGUUGAUUCGAAUGACUUCAAGAUUCCGUACAUGCCAUUGCUAGUGAACGGGCUCCGAGUGCAAGGAGGAAUUGUAUCCUCGAGACAGGUGCAUCGUGACAUGCUCGAGUUUGCGGCCGUUCACAACAUCAAGCCCGUGAAGAUGACUUUCCCGAUGACGCUGGAAGGAGUGCAGGACAGUCUAAAGACGUUGGAGGAGGGCAAGAUGCGGUACCGUGGCGUUCUCGUGGCCGGAAAAUAA